AUGUCGAUACGAGGAGUUUUGAUAGAAUUGACUCUGGAGGAAUCAGUGGAUCCGCAUGAAGUGCAAAGACUUUUGAUCGAUUUUCUGAAGGCAUCACCACCUAUAUUCAAAUCAAUGAAUAUACGUUACUUGAGGCUUGGGAAAAAUGAUGGAACUGAAGAACACUUGGUCAAUUUAACUGAUGCAUCAGAGGAUUUUGGUUGUACAACUUGUUGCAUGGAUGACAUGGAAGAGUCUACGAUCAUGAACUUUGACGGAAAUUUGGUUCCACGUGAUCCGAAUGGAAUUUUGUUCAAUGAUCGUGAUACAAACCAGGAAUUAAACAACACAUUUUAUAUGGAUUGCGAAAAUCAUUCAAACUCGAUUGUGAAAGAAGAAACUUCCACUUUUGUGCUGAAAAGAGAACCAUCGAUGGAUGUAUCUUCAUUACAACAAUUUUACACAAAAACAACUUCAAAACGAAAGUCUUCAUUAAAAGAAUUGGAGACAUCCACCAAGGCAAUUUCACAAAAUGCCGUCAAGCCAAGAAACAUCACAAGCACCAUGCACAGUACUCAAAAUGCAGAGGGCCCUGAAAAGUCAAUGAAUUUUGUAGAGGAUCAAGUUAAUAAAGCUUCUAACAGAGCAAUUGAUGAUUCCGUCUUUGAUCGACCCACUUUGGGAGAAUUCAAGAACGACAAUGAAAAAGUUGACGAAACAAAAGAAAAAGGGGCUGAAAAGGAUUCACUACUGGACGAAGUUAAUAAAGAUUUAAAUGUGGAUGAAUUUGAAAGCGAUCCACAUGAAGCAAGCGAAACAAGCGAACGUACGAAAAGUAAUUUGGACCAACUUGAUGCUAGUUCAAAUGGAGCAAUUGAUGAUUCCUCAUUUGAUCGAAGCCCCUUAUAUGAAUCGCAAAAUGAAUCUGAAGAAAUCGAUGAGAGCAAAAGCGAUGGAACAAAUGAGAACACAUCAAAAGCCGCAAUGACACUUCCUUCUUCAGGGUACUUCGGGAUAAAAAUGGAUAAUCUGCAUGAUGUGCUUGAAGCUGUAAAACGCGGAGAUAUGCCGAUUGAUGAGAUGGAAACGGGAGUGUACGAUUUUGAUGCGGAUUACAAUAAUCCGAUGGAAUCGAAUGAAAAUGGAAACGAAACACAAAAACUCGAAGAUACGUUACCAUCACGACUCAAAAAUGUGCAAUCUUAUAAAAAAGGUAUAUACUGGUGGAAACGAGCAAAAUGUCUGCAAUGCCCCCAUUUGGUGUUCAAACAGGCCAGAGAGGUAAUUGCUCAUAUCGUGGCUAAACACGUAGGCAAUGACGUACCAAAAAUUUUCAGAUGCACUCUAUGCUCGAUGACCUCGAAUUAUAAAUUCAAUCUGCUGAAAGAACACCUUCGGAAGAGGCACAACAUUCGACAAAGCAAAAACGAUCAAUCUUCGGUUGAAGAAAAAUGGCAUCCAUUAACACUCAAACGAACGCUUCAACUAGCUGAAGAAGUUUUUCCAAGUGUGGCACAACCAAUCGAAAGGUAUCUCAUAUGGCUGGUUCGCUCGGGCAAAGUUGAUUACGAGGCGCUAACGAGUUUAACGGCUAUA